AUGCCUCUCAAGUCGAUCCUCCGCAAUAGUUCCACUCGCAGCCUCGACAUUGGUACCUCAUCGGACGAAGCUGCACGCAACGCUCAAACGACAAGGCGAGCGGCCAUGAAACGCUCCGUGAGCUUUUCUGGCGGUUGCCGUUGGCAAGAGCGCAGCAGUAACAAGGAAGUAUUGGCACCAACUACUACUAUGUGUAGGAAAGGAGGGCCCCGCAUGCCACUUCGCAGAGCUUGCGACGAUGAGCCAUCAAAAAAUGAAAAAGGGCUUCGAAUGCCUGUCAGAAGCGAAUCUUCCGACUGCAAGAACGGAGCAACGACACCGCCACCACCAGCGGAUUCCAAAUGUCCUCUACUCCUCGCGGGGAAAUCGCAAAAACAAGCUCUUCGAAUGCCUAUUCGCAAAACCUUUUCUUUCAAAAAGUCAUCCCAUGGCGAUCACAAGAAAAGUCCUGUUCCAAAGAGCCGUAGCUUUCAAGGUACUAGUGGUGCAACAAAAGCCACUGUUGAGACGCAUCAUGUCCAAAGAGUGCAACUGAUGCGGAACAAUAUGGCAAUGGCCCUCAGCGCCUAG